CUAGUAGCAACCCUUCGCUGGCCGCAGCCAAACGGUCCCCGUGUUUGAGUUUUGUCUGAUAAACAAUGCAUGUCUCUGAGGUGCUGCACGAGGAGCCUAGCUUCGAUGACCAUCGGUAGCCCGUCAUGUGAUAGUCAGGGCGAGCAGCUGGUAAACUGGUAAAAGAGUCUUCAGGUACUGACGGAUCCUGGACAAACACAAACCUACCUGGAAGCUCGAUUUCCUGUGUGUUUCUCUCCUUCGCACCUUGAACAUCACUUUGCACUUCUUUGACGCGACGCUUUGCUGUUGCUGAUCCAUGUGGAAUUGCAGCGUCGUGCUGAAUGCUCCAGCUGCAAUGCGGUGCACUCACGGAAAGAUACACCGUCCAUCCACGUCAUGAACGACUUACUUGCGAGAGGAAGGAGGAGGACAAGGAGCGUGGGGGCCAU